AUCGCGCAUGCGCGCACAAUGUGAAGCAAUGUGAAGGGAUGUGAAAAAACAUGGCCGUGAUGGAUGCUGUGUCUGUUGCUUGACGAGAUGUUCCUGCCAGCGUUGAUCGAUAAAAAUGGUUGCCUCUGCUAUUUUGUGACGAACGAAAUCUGAUUCUGGUCGGUCAUCAUUAGUCGACAUGGAAUUAAGUUUAUCCAAUACUUUGCUAGCCGGUGACCCGCGAUUGAUCGAUCAUAUAGUGGGCGAAGUUAAGUCCCAAGGCAUCUUUGAUCAGUUUCGCAAAGAAUGCAUCGCUGAUGUUGAUACAAAGCCAGCGUAUCAAAAUCUAAGGACAAGAGUUGAAGGCUCUGUAAACUCUUUUCUUACUAAACAAAUAUGGAAACCAGACUUGAACAAGAAUCAACUCAGGGAAACUUUACGCAAGCAUAUACACGAUGCGCCAUAUCUGGACGCUGGCGUAGAACGGAUAGUGGAUCAAGUAGUAAAUCCCAAAGUCUACUCAGUUUUCAUGUCACAAAUAGAAGAUGUGGUAUACAAAUUUCUGGGUAUAGAAAGACCAAAGGUUAAAGAGAAAAAUGGUGCUUGUGGUCUUAAAGAUUUAUUACCUAAAGAUUUGGAUCCAGUCUCGCCAGAGUCUGAUAAGAACAGUUUGAAGGAUGUAUCCCUUGAAUCAAUAGAUGCAAGCGAUAUAAAUGAUGAUGAGAAGCAGGUUGACAAAGCCAAUGAACAAAAGUUACAAGACGAAGAGCUAUACAGAGAUAAAAAUAAAGCUAGUCCUGAAAAUGGACACAUCUCCUCAGAAGAGAAAACACUGGACGAAGCUUGUAAAGCUCUGAAUAAAACUGGUAGUAGCUUAAAUUUAAACACAUCUGGAAAAUCAGAUGACAAAAUAGAAGAUGAAGACGAAGAGGUUAGUCCAACAUUUGAACCAAUAGACAUUAUGAACUUGAAUGAAUCCAACAUUUCUAAUGAUUCACACCUAUCGGGAAUAUCAGAAUUAACGAGUCACAGAUCAAGAAGUCCAGAUUUUUCGAAUGAAUUAUCGCGGGAUAAUUUUGAUUGUAGCAAUCAAGAUUCUCAACUUAGCAAAGUUUCCUCAGAUUCUCGAUUAUCAAUAGUAACAGACUUUGGUUUUUCUAAUCAUGGUUUAACACCAGUACACGAUGCAUUGAAAGAUGAUGUAACAAAGGACAAGUAUGAAGUUAAAAGUAGUAAAGAUAAUUUUAAAGCUAUCAGAGAGUUUGAUUCGAAAAGCAAAACAGCCAAAAGCAAUUUUGAUUUUGUUAAAAAUAAAGAUGCCCAAGAUUAUAAAGAUUCGAAAGAUUUUAAGAGCACUAAAAGUAUAUCUUCCAAAGAAAACUCUCGCGAUGCUACAGAUAGUGGUAUGAAAGAUAAAUAUGAUAAGAGUUCCAAGGAAAAGAGUAAAGAUAGUGAAUCCAUCAAGUCAAAAAACACGAAAGAAAAGAUUAGCAAUAAAGAUACAAAAUAUUACAAAGAUAGAAGUAAUGAGAGAAAGAAAUCGCGUAGUCAUAGCAGUGAGAAAUAUGAUAAACAUAGUAAGAGUAAAUCUAAAGAUAAAAUUGAUCAGGUGAGAGAGAAUUCAGACAAAGCUAAAGAUAUCUCAGAAACUUUUAAAGAUAACACAAACAAACUCAAAGAUGAGAAGCUCAAGGAAACGGACAAGAAAGAUAAAGAUAAUAUCAAUAAGGAAGCAAAAGACUUGAAAGAUAUCUACAAAGAGAAGAUCAGAGAGCUUCGAGAGAAGAAGGAAUUGACAGAGAAAGAAAAAUUAAAUAAAGACAAAGAUGUUAAACUUACUAAAGAAGCUAAAGACAAAAAGGAUUCUUUUAAAGACAAAAAAUCAAAUAGAAAAGAGCACAGAAGCUCAUCAUCGUCGUCAUCGUCGAAAAAUAUCCCCGUAAAUUAUCACGAAAGUAGAAGCAGCAAGAUGUCAGAAAAGGUUGUAGAUGGGAAAGAUAAAAGAUCAGACUCGAAAGAUAAAGCAAAACGGGAUGAAAAACGAUUGUCGAGAGAUAAUAAAAGUAAAAGUCAUUACAGUAGCAAGACAGAUCUGUCAGACAAGCCUGAUUCAAAAAAAGUUUCGAAAAAUGAGAAGGAAGAUAAAAGUGGAAAAGUGGAUAUAAGAAAGGAUGGCAAAGCAAGCGGUGAGAAGACAACAAAUUGUAAGAAGGAUGCAAAAAUUUAUUUGCAACAGAGCAAAAGUUCGGAUCGCAAUGAGAAAUCAGAUGGUAAGAGAGAUUCGAAAAAUGAUAGCCCAUCAAAGGAUAAAAAACGUCGAGAGGAUAAGAAAUCAAAGACGAAGGACGAUCAUUCAAGCUUACGGAAAAGCUCUAAUGAUCGGCGUUCCACUGACAGAGAUGGUUCGAACGGCUCAAAUAGCAAGACCUCGCCGUCUAACAACGCGAAUUCCAACAUGACGAGCAACAAAUCAGGUACGUCGAGUUUGACAAAGGAGAAUAAUCACAUUAGCAAUUCUGGUAGCGAAACAUCAGAUAGUAUCGAAGAAACACAAAUGAAUGACUCACAUCAACCAAAUUGUAAAUCGUCUCACAAUUUGACAAAUGAUAAGAAUUAUUUGAAGAUAGAACUUGAUAAUGUAGACGAAACGUAUGACAAGCACGAAGAAGAAGCAGUUUUGCAUGACACAAGUUUACCUUUGAAAAAAAGAUCGUUAUCCAGUAAAGAGGAUGAAUCGACCUCUGACGAUGUGAAAAUCAGAAAGCCAAAAUUCGCGAAAAAUAUACACGAAGCUAAAAAACUAAUGAAAAUCAGGAAACUGAUGGAAAAGGAGAAACUUAAGGAGGAUAAGAAAGGAGAGAAAAGAGUUACACAUGAAACGGAACAAACAAGUCAAUCGAGUACAAUAAAAGAUGCUGACAAUCUCGAAGGCUUGCCGGACGAUGAGCGUGUUCAGAUUAUAGAAAUUCCCGACGAAGAAUAUGAGGAACCUUAUCCCGAAAAGCAAGAAACUCAUUUAACAUUGGACGAAAGAUCGAUAAUAAUGUUAGGAGCCGAAUCUUGUACAAAUGAUUUUUUAAAUAUACAAUCCAAGUCAACGUUAUCCAAUAUGGAGUUGUGCAUAAAACAAUCUUUAAGUGAGAUAGUAUCGGAUAUAUCAGGAGAAGCGAUCACACAAAAUUCAAAAACUGACGAGAAAAUCACGCAAUCUGAUGACUCGCAUGUAGAAGAUACGGAAGCAUCUAAAAAGGGACAUAACAAUGUUGCGAAAGACACUAACAACAAAAUACUAAAUAUCGAUGCAGAAAAAUGUUCGUCGCAAAUAGAGAAAACACAUGUUUUACAGAAGCAGAUAGAAAUUACAGUUUCGGUAAAAUCUGAAUCUGUGGAUAAUAACGAAAAAAGUACGGAACAAUCGAUAGAGGAGAAUGCGGAAGUACGGGAUUAUAACGAAACGGAAACGCGGAACGAUAAUGAAGCGCAAAUUGACAAUCGGACAGAUAUAGGAGACAACAAGGAAGAGCCACAGGGUGAGAAGCAGAUAGAAAUGUGUGCGUCAUCGAAAAUUGACAGGGUAGAUUUACAUAGCGAUUGUCUGGAAACCAGAUCCUCGUCCUCCGUUAUCAGCGAGGAUAAUGGAGAAGAUUGCUAUUACUUCAAGACUGACAAUAAGAAAUCGGAAAGAUUCUCCAGUUUCUUAGAAUCUCUAGAGCUGUUAGAGAAUUCGUCCCUAGAAGAUAUAAUAGAGAGUCUGGGCGGCAAGGUGGUUUUCUCGAUACCAAAAUCUAUGGCGGCACCUCCAUUGCCGAAAUCGCGCAAACGUUCGUCCAGCCCCUUAUCGGACAUAUUGGUAAAUAAUUCGGAUAAUAAUAAUGACGAUCAUAAACGGACAUUGUCGCUCAAUGAAGAUACUGUGCACAACGUCAAAAGAAGGAGAUUCAACAAAAAACCGAGAUUCUCGAAUUUAUGUAAUCCGCAGGGAGUGUCAAAUGGCGAGAAUUUCGUUAUGCCUCUGAGCCCGGAUAGCGAUGUGUCCGCGACGAGCGAAAAAACAGCGUCGUCUAAUGUAAUCAAAGAAGAAAAAAGCCGCAAUAGGAGCAGUCAACGAUAUUCAAGUGAUGACUUGUAUAAACCACGUCCGUUAUUUUCCAGUUCUUCUCGUCGAAGCAGACGAUCUAAUCAAGCAUAGCUAAUGCUACAUGGAUUCAGAUGUUAAAUAAACUUUUAUUUUAUACAAUUUCAAAGUAAAUUUGUCCCAUUACAUAGUAAUGUGAAUCGUACAUGAAAAUAUGGUGAGUCCCUAUAUUUAACUUAGUAUUAUCCGAAUUUCAUAACAUUUUAAAUACGUUUGUUUAAAGUUCCGAUUUUUAGGACAUUAAAAUUAUUUAUGUGAAUACUUUUACAUGUGUUAUAUGUGUGUAUAUGAAGUAUACAUUUAUAAAGAGUUACAUAUUUAUAAA